AUGAAGAAAAUGAGCAUAACUAGAAGAAACUACAAAAGCAACUUAACAUCAUAUAAAUUUUUCUCAUCUACAAAGUACGAGAAAAACACAAAAUUUAGAGGAGAAGAAUUCUAUAAAUAUCACCACGAGCAGUAUGUAGAUAAAGUCCAUUUAAGGCCAGACUUAUAUUUAAAAGAUAACGAAGACAAGCAUGCCCAUGAUAACAGAUUAAAAAGAAACAUGCCAUUUGUUUACAGCAAUGAAGUAAAAAAUUUAGAGGAAUUAAAGGCAUGCCCACUUACUCUUGUUAAUGUUAAAAACACAAAUAAUGAAUCAUUUGGUGUUGCAACAUUUAAUCCAUAUUCUCUAAUUACAGCAAGGGUGAUAAGUACUAAUGCACUUUUUCCCGUAAACAUAAAUUUUUUUAUUGAACGGAUAAAGAACUCUUUGUUAUGGAGGAACAAAAUAAUUAAUGGAGAAAAAAAAGUGAAACGGUAUAAUACUACAUUGGGAAUUGCAACUCAUACUUUAGAUGAUAUCUCAAUUGAAAAAACAAAGGUGAUUACAAAAGGUGAUGAUGUGCGAAUGAAUCCAAGUGUGGGCAUACCACGUGCUCAACCGAAUGAUCACGCUUCUCUUGGUAUUUACAAGAAUAAUACAAAUGCUCAUUGUAUAGAAACAGAUUUAGAUAGCAAUAUGUGCUAUAGACUUAUUAAUAGUGAAGGUGAUAACAUACCUGGCCUUAUUAUUGACAGGUAUGAUAAAUAUAUCAGCAUUCAACACUUAACAGUUGGGAUGGAGCUGUUGUCUUGUAAUAUUAAUGAAGCAAUUAUAGAACUAUUAAAUCCUAAGGCUAUUAUAUUUCGAAAUGAUAAUAAAGAACGAUUAAAUGAAAAAUUAGAAAUUUACAAAAAAGUUGUUUAUGGUAAACUACCUGAACAAGUAAUGUUAACCGAAAAUGAAUGUUUUUUUUUAAUAAAUCUCAUGAAUUCUCCAAAUACGGGAUGGUUUUUCAAUAGGAGAAAUUUGAGAAAUCUUUUAUCACAUUAUGCAUAUGAUAAAAAAAUUCUUGACAUGUUCUCUUAUGUUGGCUCUUUUGGAAUUCAAUGUUCUAAAAUGGGUAAAGCAAAAAAAGUAGUAUGUGUAGAGAAAGACAACAAAUUUGUACAGCUAGCCAAAGAAUCUGCUUACUUAAAUAAUCUCACAAAUGGUGUUGAAUUUAUAUGUUCUGAUGCAAUAACAUUUUUAAAAAACUGUAACGAAUUAUUUGAUAUAAUUAUUUUAGACCCACCAAAUUUAAUUCCGAAAUCCAAGUUUAUCGAAUCUGGUUCAAAAAGAUACAUUCAAUUAAUUAAUCUAGCUCAAAAUUAUAUUACAGCAAAUGGAUUGAUGCUAAUUAUUUUUACCACCAAAUUAUGUUCCUACCAAGAUCAUAUUAAAAUUAUUAAUGAAUCUUUUGUACAUACCAAUAAAACUGUUAAAAUUGUUGGCCAAGGACGAGCUUCUCCAGAUAAUCCAGCCAAUUUGUCUCUCUAUCUCUUUGCUGAUUUUUACUGGUUCCUCCUGCAACUAAGCUAUUGA